AUGUCUCCUGCAGCUGUAGACCACGACGACGACCCCGUCCUUGCAGAGUACGACGUCUUCAUCACACCGGAGCUCGAAGAACAAAUCUACCUCCUACAAUAUCCCAACCGUGGAAGAGACCAGCCGUAUAAUGAGCGCAACAACUCGAAACCCGUCGAAGUGCGUAUGAAGCCCAAUACAGGCUUCAUCGAGGUCGACGUCCCAGUGAACGUCCACGGAAACUACGACAAGCGCAAAGGCGUGAAAUGGGGCGAGGCUAUGCGCAUGGCCCAAGACAACGGCGAAAGCGCCUUUGGUUUGGCGGCUGGCUUCAGCGGCCUUGCAAAGGGGGCGGUACCCCCGAGAGCUGCUGCUUCCAGUCGCGCCGACAUCCAGGACAUGGAAGUGGAAGAGGACAGCGUGGAGCAGCUUCUCCAGCGCUUCGACGAUGCCAAUGACAAGGGACACGUGAUGAACAAGCAGACUCUUGGUGGGCAGAUUAUGAAGGAGGAGACGGGCAAGCCCAUCUACAUGCUGGGUACCUACCGUGGCAAGGAGCUUCAUCUCACAAAGAUCGCCGGCAUCGUCCAGAUGCGCCCUCAGUUCCAUCACCUGGAUGCUGUUCGUGAGCUUGCCAAUGCCAACCGCCGCAGAGAGCGUGAGGCCGCCGAGGGCGCAAGGGCGAAUGAACCGCGCGCUGUGCAGAUGACCAUCAAGAACGAAGACAGUGAUUCGAUGCAAUCCAAGGAGUUUCUUGCCCGCGCACAGGAAGAGAAGUGGACUAAACUGAGAUACUAUGAUGAGGAGACCGACGAAGCUUUCGAAGCGUACCACGACAAGAUGUUUGUGCAGGACACAGAGAACGCCGCCAAGCUAAAGUCGUCGAUGACGAACGAGCAGUACCUCGACGCCAUCAGCGCUGAGCGCCACGAUCCGAGCGGGCGUUCGAAGAAGAAGCCGUUGACGAAGAAGCAGAUGCAGCGGAUUGAAGACUCGGAGGAUUCCGACGUGCCCGAAGACGACGAGGGAGCACACGCCGAGACAGACAAGUUGGAAUAA